GUAGUUAGGAUGCUUCUGCUAAUACUAUUUCUGCUUCUGCUAAUGCUACUUCUACUCCUACUCCUACUUCUAUUCUACUUGUGCUGCCGCGCUGCAUCUGCUCUCCCCAUCCCAUCGGUGACAUCAUACCGCCGCAUCAAAUGCCACCGCUCACGCUACGCACAUCAGUGCCACCGUCGCGUGUUCAAGCACAUCAUCUCUGCUCUGAUCAGCUCUGUUUGGUAGUAGUUAAG